CAUGUCGUAUGAGCCAGUAACCAUUGGUGUUGCCUGUACGGCUGUGCCUUUUGGUAGCACAGCAGAAAAAGAAGUUAUCUACCUUCCCUUUGAGGUAGGAGGAAGACAGAAAGAAAAUGGAAAGCAAUACAGGAAAUGGAAAGGCGGUGUGCGUGACUGGUGCUUCUGGGUUUGUUGCUUCAUGGCUCGUCAAGCUUCUUCUUCUUCGUGGUUACACUGUCAAGGCCACUGUUCGCGACCCAACUGAUCCUAAAAAGAUAGAACACUUGCUUGAACUAGAAGGAGCGAAGGAGAGAUUGCAUCUGAUUAGAGCAAAUCUCUUGGAAGAAGGUUCCUUUGAUUAUGCUGUUGAAGGGUGUGAGGGUGUCUUUCAUACUGCAUCUCCUGUUUCUAUUGAUGUCAAAGACCCUCAGACUGAACUCGUUGACCCAGCGGUCAAGGGAACUCUCAAUGUUCUCAAGUCAUGUGCAAAAUCGCCAUCUGUGAAACGAGUUGUUCUAACAUCUUCCAUGGCUGCAGUUUUAUACAGUGGAAAGCCUAAGACUCCUGAAGUUAUAGUUGAUGAGACAUGGUUUUCGGAUCCAGAAUUUUGUUAUGAAUCUGAGAGCUGGUCAGGAUAUGCACUUUCCAAGAUUUUGGCUGAAGAAGCUGCUUGGAAAUUUGUAAAAGAGAACAACAUUGACAUGGUUACUAUCAAUCCGGGUGGUGUUAUUGGGCCUCUCUUGCAACCUACUCUUAACACAAGUUCUAUCGCAGUUAUAAUUCUAUUUAAUGGCGCAAAAACAUUUCCAAAUUUUACUUUACCGAGUGUCCAUGUGAAAGAUACUGCGAAUGCUCAUAUUCAGGCAUUUGAAAUUCCUUCAGCGAGUGGAAGGUAUUGUUUGGUUGAAUCAGUGAAACACUACGCAGAAAUUGUGAAGAUUUUGCAUGAUAUGUACCCAAAAUUACAGCUUCCAGAUAAAUGUGCGGAUGAUAAACCCUUCGCGUCAACCUUCCAGGUUUCCAAAGAAAAGGUAAAGACAUUGGGAAUUGAGUUCAUUCCAUUUGAAGUUGGACUUAGAGAGAUAGUGGAAAGCUUUAAAGAAAAGAAAUUUGUUGACUUUUAAUAAAUCAUAACCUAUUUUAAGUAAGAAUAUAUUUAUAGAUAAAUGUGAUUAUAUCAAAAUCAUGUUUUAAGUUGUCCAAUCUAGUUUCAAAAACAAACUCUUUCUCAUUGUAAUAAUCUAAACUAUGUCUAUGAAGACAUUAUUGAUGUUAUGUGAUGAAUUCUUUUUGGGUGAGCAACUUCUAUUUAAAACAUGAUGUUACAACUAUUA